CGUAAACCUUGCAAACAUGGCGACGCUCCGAAGAGAGUACGGAGGCUGGAAAUACGUCCGUUUUUAACUGAGAAGAUAACCUCCUCUUCGCAUGCUACGAUGUGGUGGGGUUAGCCGGAGCCACCGCGCGCACAGCCUUUUAGACGAUGUUUGCAGAGGCCAGUCUUUCCAUCUGGGGAUGGGGGGGUCUUGGAGUUGUGCUCUUCCUUGUCACCUUUGGACCCUUUGCCAUAUUCUACCUGGCCUUUUAUAUCUUCUGCUUCAUUGGAGGGGGCUUUGCGGUCACUUUGCUGUAUGGAAAGAUCAAUUCCGAGAAACACCUGGAAAAGUGCGAGCACUCGUAUUUGCCACCAACGCAAAUUGGUAUACUGAAGACGUUGGAUGAGAUGAAGUUGGAGAUGAAGCCCAUAAAGAUUGACAGGAGGCUGACGGGCUCCAGUUUUAUAGAUGAACCACUACAGCAGGUGAUCCAGUUUGCGUUGAGAGACUACAUCCAGUACUGGUACUACACUCUGAGCGAAGAUGAGUCAUUCUUGUUGGAAAUCAGACAGACGCUGCAGAACGCCCUCGUCCAGUUUUCCACACAGUCCAAAGAGGUGGACUGGCAGCCUUACUUCACCACUCGCCUGGUGGACGACUUUGCCACCCAUUUACGUGUCUUCAGAAAAGCCCAGGAUCGCCUCGGCGACAGGGAGGACAAGCAAAGGGACAUAACGGAGGAGCUGGUGGACUCAUUCUUCGAAGCCGAGGUGGAGAUGGAGAGGAAGAUUUGUCGAGACGUAGUGUGUACUUCGCACAAAGACGAAGAGGGUUUUCUUCGGGACUUGUGUGAGCUGCUUCUGUAUUUGUUACUACCUCCUGGAGAUUUCCACAACAAGAACAUGAGAUAUUUCCUCAGGGAGGUCCUUGCUCGUGGCGUGCUGCUUCCUCUCAUCAACCAGCUGAGCGAUCCCGACUACAUCAACCAGUUCGUCAUCUGGAUGAUCCGGGACUCGAGCUGCAACUACGAAGCCUUCAUGAACAUCCUGAAGUUAACCGACAAGCCCGCCGAGCUGGAGUCCGUCAAAGACAAGGUGCUGGAGGAGCUGCAGUAUCUGCGCUCUCUGGACACGGCCGGAGACGACAUCAAUGUGAUCAAGAACCAGAUCAACAGUCUUUUGUUUGUGAAGAAGGUGUGUGAGACCAGGAUACAGAGGCUGCACUCUGGGAAGGAGGUCGAUGCCUUGAAACUGGCCGCCAAUUUCGGCAAGCUGUGCGUCAUCCCGCUGGAUCACAUCCUGGUCCACAACAUCGCCCUGCAGUUCUUCAUGGACUUCAUGCAGGCGGCGGGGGCCCAGGCGGAGCUGUUCUUCUGGCUCACCGUGGAGGGCUACAGGGUGACGGCGCAGCAGCAGCUGGAGGCCAUGCAGAGCUGGCAGAAGGACGGCAAGAAGCAGCCGAACGCCACCAAGGGGCUGCUGAAGGCCGCCGCGCUGGGCGUCUUCGAGCAGUACCUGUCUGACAAGGCUUCGCCCAGGGUGCAGGUGGACGAGGCGUUGGUCGUGAAGCUGGGAGAGAAGCUGCAGAAGGACGACCCCACGCCAGAGAUCUUCGAUGACAUCCAGAAAUGGUACCAAAGCGUGUACGACAUGAUGCUGCGCGACGAGCGCUUCUACCCGUCCUUCAAGCAGAGUCCGCUCUACGUGCGCAUGCUGGCCGAGCUGGACAUGCUGAAAGAGCCGAGCUACCGAGGGUCCGAUGACGGCGAUGGGGAGUCCUUCAACGGCUCUCCCACAGGAAGCAUUAAUCUCUCUUUGGACGACUUGUCCAACUCCUGCCAUGACGAAUCUAUGCACCUACAUGCCUUCAUCUCCGACACAGCUGACGCUUCUCUCCCCGGCUUCUGGGGUGCGGCAGGGGUUUGCAACGACCACGGUAAGACCUACGCGCUGUACGCCAUCACUGUCAGACGCAAUCAAGACGGCAGCGAAGACUGCUGGAAGACGUACCGCCGCUACCUUCUCGACUUCCACGACUUCCACAUUAGAAUCACUGAGCAGGUUUGUUCCCUGGCGUCAAUCCUCAAGCUGCCAGGAAAGAAAACCUUCAACACUGGACAGAGAUUUCCUGAGAAGAGAAAAAAAGACCUCAACGCUUACCUUCAGUAUAGUUUAAUCCUGUUGCUGCUGAACCCCGAGAUGGUGAAGGCCUGUCCGACCCUGAUCCCCUACGUCUACGACUUCCUGGAGAACAAAGCCUACAGCAAGGGCAAAGGAGAGUUUGCACGGAAGAUAGACACGUUUGUGAAUCCUCUGCGGAGCUCCAUGAGGAACAUGUCCAACGCAGUCAAAGCUCUGCCGGACAGCCUGGCUGAAGGAAUGACCAAAGUCUCCGACAACAUGGGCCGCAUGUCAGAACGGCUUGGUCAGGACAUCAAGCAGUCCAUACUGAAGGUGCCUCCGCUUUUGCCUAAGACCGACAUCGACCCCGAACACUGCCGGGUCUCCGCACAGCUGGAUGACAAUGUGGACGACAACAUCCCGCUCCGCGUGAUGCUGCUGCUGAUGGACGAGGUGUUCGACCUGAAGGAGAAGAACCAGUGGCUCCGGAGGAACAUCAAGAACCUGCUGCAGCAGCUCAUCAGGGCCACGUACGGAGACACCAUCAACAGGAAAAUCGUGGAUCACGUGGACUACCUGACGUCGCCGGAGCAGGUGGCAGACUACGUGAAGAAGUUCAGAGAUUCCUAUUGGCCCAACGGGAUUCUGGCCGAGACGCCGCCUCGCCGGGACAAGAGCAUCCGCAUGAGGACACGGGUGGCUGCCAAGACCAGCUUGCUGGGCAUCAUGCCAGACGAGCUGAAGCACAUCAUCGGAGCGGACACGACGAGGAAGGGCAUCCUGCGCGUCUUCGACAUGUUCCAGUACCAACCGAUGAACCGGCGCCUGGUCUACGUUUUCCUGGAGGGCUUCCUGGAGACCAUGUUCCCUCAGUACAAAUUCCCGGAGCUCUUCGUGAAGCUCCACUCCCGCUCGACGCGCAUCCAGAGAUACAGCCAGAAACUCAAGUCCUCCUCUCUGAAGAGGUGACAGGAGAGGACGGAGGCAGCAGGACUCGGCAGCAGGACUCGGGCCCUCGAGACACGCAGAGACCUGAGAGCCGAGGGCGGAGGGGAGUGUGUGUGUGUGUGUGUGUGC